AUGUAUCAACAAAAGGGCCGGAACCGAUAUCAACCCGACGUUGCGAUUGAAGACAUAAAAGAAAUAAUUAGAGAAGCAAGAGCAAUAUCAUUCCCAUGGGAUGCAGUGCCUCAUCUCGUACGUCAGUGGCUGGAAGCCAUGGCAGGUUCGGUCAACACACAACCAGAAUUCGUGCUUUUGGGAUCGUUAACAGUAACAUCGUGCCUUAUGGGUCCUAAUUGUGUUUUCGAGAUACGUGAACGACACAAGGAGCCAUGUAACAUUUAUACAGUGUGUCUGUGCGAACCGGGGACAGGCAAAACCCAGGCCUAUAAAAUCGCGAUAGAAAAUCCCCUUGAAGUUUUGUCCACCAAGGUACUUGUGCAUGAUUAUACGAUGAAAGGUUUGUUCGAGCACCUGAAAAGUCGUGGAGGACGAGCUCUCAUCUGUCACGCCGAGAUGACAAGUUUUUUCGAGAAUCUGAUGAAAAAACAAACAGACGGCGCAAGCAAAAGGCAAAUGUUUUGUCGCUUCCAUGACGGUAAUUCCAAACUAAUCCGAACGAGUCAUGGGAGAAAUUCAAAAAAGGCAGACGCUGCGUUGGACGAAAGGGAGGAACUUGAUAAAUCUUGUUUAUCCAUUGGUGGAUUUUGCCAGCCGCAGCCAUACAUAAAUUUGCAUCAAUUUCUGGGUUCUUCAGAUGACGGCUUUUUAGAUAGAAUCAGUACGUGCAUCAUUGACUCCGUGAUUCUAAGAGAAAAGGAAGUGGAAGAAUGGAAUGAAAUAUUUGAUGGCUUUGCUAUUUCUGAUUUCACUGGUGAGUGUUCAGUUCAAAUUGUUGAAAUUUGUACAAAUGUCCCGACCUGGGACGUGCUUUGACAUGUAUUUGACAUAUUUUUAUUACCAUUUGCAAGCAACCGUUAUUUUUUCUCCAGCUUCGUUUAUACGUUUCAAACAUGAGGUUUUACAUUACUAAUGUACAUCAAUUGACUGCAAUACAAACAUGAUUGUUAGUCCCGCCCAUAUUGUUUUAGAAACCUAUAGGUUUUAGAUCAAUCACUGUAUAAUGACAAACACCACAAGGGAGAUUUUAACCCUAUUUGUACCAGGAGUGGGCACAAUGAGCGCACCCCUAUAAACAUUUAUCCGUCAUUCCUGAAAAAAUUAUCCCAUUUGCCUGUGCUUUUAUGACUUUUAAUAUUUUUUCUCUGCUGUCAUGACUGCAAAAAAUGUUUCUGAAAAUUCAAAGUUAUCUGGACAUUUGACGUCAUUUUUCAAACAAGGUGUCGGGCCAAAAAUGGGAAAAUGUGGGUUGGUGAUUUAUGACAGCACUUUUUUGCUGAAUCACUUCCAAGGACAUAAAUAACAUAUUGUAAGGCAGAGAGAAGUGAAGUCAUAGAAUACCUUUCUCCGCCUGCAUGUCCAAAAUGCUGCCGCAAAAAAAUCAUUUCCACAAAUUUCGUUAUUUCAACAAUUAUCUAUACUUUAAACUCAAAUUUGCUGAAGUCAUGUAUAAGGGCAAAGCUUCCACUAUGGCAUUCCCUGCCUAGUUUUAAAGAUUGCUGGCAUAUUACUGAACAGGUUUAUUGAUGGUUGACCAAUGUUCACACAUUUCUAAAAAAUACAAUGAAUAAUGAAUAAUGACAAAAAAGCCUUAUCUAUUUUUGAAAUUAUAAGAACGGUAUUGUAUUCACUUCCCUCGGCCUAAUUAUAGAACAUGUAAAGAUGGAUUAUUACACAUGAUUUGCAAAGCAAAAUGUCCAAAAUAUAUUACAUAAAAUAGUAAAAUAUAGUAUAAUAUAUAAUAUAGUAUACUAUAAAAUACUUAUAUAAUAUAAAAUACUUAUUUAUAUAUAAUAUUUUUAUACAUAUACAAGUACACAUAUUCAUGCCUCGAAUUUGGGAAAAAUAAAGGCAAGGCAAGGCCAAUUUGGUCUUGAAUUUUACUAAGAUUUUCAGGGCACCAAGACCAGUAUACACACAGUCACUUUAGUCACGUGAUAUUUUUUUUGCGCUAUCAGAAAAUAUUAGAGACCUUACGAUUUUAGGACGGCAACGCAACCAUAGAAUAUAUAAUACACCAGAAGCCUCACUGUACACCUUUCCUUAACAUUUUCGUGUCUGCGAUUUUCGCCUUGCGGAUCACGAAUUUCGCACGCUAGAUGACGUGUGUGACACUUGCUGCGAACAUCACGUCAGCGUCAAUUCCUCAAAUCAACGUUUUUUCUUGAAAUUCGAAAAACAUGCUCAAAGUGCACGCUGCAUAUUCUGCAAUUAUUGUGCAAAUAUCUUACGCUUUUGUUUUUUACGUUGUGCCUUCCUGUUGCGAUGACCCAUUAUUUGGACCUGUGGCAUUUAAAAACGGUUAAAACAGCAAUCUUUACUACCUAGUGAUGGCAAUUGAUGGCGUUGCUUGCGUUUGAUGGUGUCGUGAUUACACUUGCUGGCUCACGCUUCGCAUAAAAAAUCUCGGACACAAUUUUGGCUGAGUGAGGCUUCUGGUUUAUUUUCUAUUCUGUGGUAUAAUGUAUAUAUUUGAGAAUUGCAGUGCUUCCACUUUUUAACAUCCAAUUAGUGAAAAUUCCCUGAAAAUUCCUUAAAAUUUCCUGAAAAUAAAAAAUCAAUUCACGAACCAUUUUUUCAGAAUUAAUUUGAACCCUGGUCAUUGCCCGGGAAAAUUAAACGAUUCAAAAUGGAUAAGUCUUGUGAAGUGAUUAUGUAUAAGUUCUAUUGUCCAGGCAGUCAUUACAUGAAUUUUACAUAUUUUCUGUUAGAGGGUAAAACUGAUUACCGUGCUCGUCAGCGAUUGAUCACCCAGGAUAAAAACAAGUAUAAUACUCCAAAAUAUCGUUUGGUAGUUCGAUUUACCAACAAAGAUAUUGUUUGCCAGGUAAUUUUAAUUUAUUACAAUAUUUUCUGACUUUUUAUAAUUUCCUAUAAAAUAGUGAUGCUUCCACUUUGAUAAGCUAUAACUUUUUUUAAAUUUUCAUUACAAUAGCGUGUUUCCACUUAUGCAACAUUACUUACACUUUUCAAAAAUAAAAUUCCUUUAAAUUUCCAUAACAAAAAUGCUUCCACUUGCAAGAAUUAAAUUUUCUUUGAACAUUGUUGAAACGUGUCAAGAAAUUUGCAAACUGUGAUAAUAUUUCUUGUAGGUAGCGUAUGCCAAGAUUGAGGGAGACAUGAUCAUAUGCGCUGCAUAUGCUCAUGAACUUCCUCGCUAUGGCGUCAAGGUGGGGCUGACCAAUUACGCAGCUGCAUAUUGCACCGGUCUGUUGCUUGCUAGAAGGGUAAGUGAUGAUAUACACUUUGCACAUCAUUGUUAGAUUGGGGCAUUCUAGAAAACAUCCAUAGCCUCCCCGCAGAAGAAAUUGGAAGUUAACUUACCCCCAUUUGUACACCCUAAUACACCCACUAUUAUCAGAAACAAAUUUAUUUCCCCUCCCAAUUUCCUUCUUGAGGGCAGGAUGGAUCUUUUCUGGAACGACCAGUACGGACAAUGUUAAGACUGUGAUUUGGAGUGUAAGGAAUAGGGUUAGUUUACAUCGAGAAACGUCAUGUUUUAGUUGUUAACAAAAUUAAAUCUUCAUGAAAUCUACGCUGGAAAUGAUGAUAUAAAUGGCGAAGAUUAUAAUGUGGAGGACGCUGAUGGAUCACCGGGAGCAUUCAGGUGUUUCUUAGAUGUUGGUUUGGCCAGAACGAGUACUGGUGCUCGAUUGUUUGGCGCAUUGAAAGGAGCUCUAGAUGGUGGGUUGGAUAUCCCACAUAGGUAAGUAGUGUAUUUCAAUUUCCUGAUGCAAAGUAUUUCAAUGUGUGAAGUAUGACAUAUUUGCAUUUUCUAGUGUGAAGCGUUUCCCAGGCUACGAUGGCGAGACACAGGAUUACAGUGCUGAUGUUCAUCGCAAACACAUCUUUGGACAACAUGUUGCCGACUACAUGAAAUUGUUGCAAGAUGAAGAUGAGGAUGCCUACAAACGUCAGUUUUCAAAAUACAUCAAGGAGGGAAUCGAGGCAGAUUCUGUAAGUCCAAAAAUAAAACAGAUCAUGUGUAAUUGACAACAUGAAAAACAGAGUUAAACCAAUGUUGACAAUAUUUUCAGAUGGAGGAGAUGUACAAGAAAGCUCAUGCAGCAAUCCGAGUUGAUCCUUCAGCAAAACCAUCUCCUGCUCCUCGUGAAGGCAAACCUAAAAGGUCAGUGUUGGACGGCAAAGCAAAUUUAUCUAACCUUGUGCUGUUUGUAACACACAUUUUAUUAUUGAAUCUUUAAUUAAGUACAAAUUCUAUAAAUUUUUGUUUCUAUUUGCUUCAGGUUUGGUCGCUCCCGACUCUCCCUGGAACAACGCAAGGAUCGUGUUGCACAGAAGAAGAAGGCCUGGUUGAGAAAAAUUCAAGAAGAUUGA